CCCUCUGCUCCUCCAGCCCCUGUCCCUGUCACUCACUGGCUAGGCCGGGGCAACUAUGGCAUCAGCAGUAACUUGGAUUCCUCUCCUUGCAGGUCUCCUGGCAGGAUUGAGGGACACCAAGGCCCAGCAGACAACUUUACACCCACUUGUGGGUCGUGUGUUUGUGCAUCCUUUGGAACAUGCCACCUUCCUGCGCCUUCCAGAACACGUUGCGGUGUCACCCACUGUCCGACUCACCUACCACGCUCACCUCCAGGGACAUCCGGACCUGCCUAGGUGGCUGCACUACACACAGCGCAGUCCCUAUAACCCUGGCUUCCUCUACGGCACCCCCACUCCAGAAGAUCGUGGGCACCAAGUCAUCGAGGUCACAGCCUACAAUCGGGACAGUUUUGACACCACUAGACAGAGGCUCCUGCUGCUGAUUGGGGACCCCGAAGGUCCCCGGUUGCCAUACCAAGCUGAGUUCCUGGUGCGCAGCCAUGACGUGGAGGAGGUGCUGCCCUCCACGCCUGCCAACCGUUUCCUCAUCGCCUUGGGGGGACUGUGGGAGCCAGGAGAGCUUCAGCUGCUCAACAUCACUUCUGCCUUGGACCGGGGAGGCCGAGUCCCUCUUCCUAUCGAGGGACGGAAGGAAGGGGUAUACAUUAAGGUGGGCUCUGUCACACCCUUCUCCACCUGCCUGAAGAUGGUGGCAUCACCCGACAGCUAUGCCCGUUGUGCCCAGGGACAGCCUCCACUACUGUCCUGCUACGACACCUUGGCACCCCACUUCCGUGUUGACUGGUGCAAUGUGUCACUGGUAGACACGUCAGUUCCAGAGCCCCUGGAUGAGGUACCUACUCCGGGCGACGGGAUCUUGGAGCAUGACCCAUUCUUCUGCCCACCCACUGAAGCCACAGACCGAGACUUCCUGACAGAUGCCUUGGUGACCCUCUUGGUGCCUUUGCUGGUGGCUCUGCUGCUUACCCUGUUGCUGGCUUACGUCAUGUGCUUUCGGCGUGAAGGACAGUUGAAGAGAGACAUGGCCACCUCUGAUAUCCAGAUGUUCCACCACUGUUCCAUCCAUGGGAAUACAGAAGAGCUUCGGCAGAUGGCAGCCAGCCGUGAGGUGCCCAGGCCUCUUUCCACCUUGCCCAUGUUCAAUGUUCGUACAGGAGAGCGGUUACCUCCCCGAGUAGACAGCGCACAGAUGCCUCUCAUCCUGGACCAGCACUGAGAGCCCUGCCAGGUGCUCAACAGUGCUGGAAUUGUACCCCACAGCUGCCAACCAGUCAGGGCUGGAGGGUCAGGAUAAGGGAGACAGGAGUCUGCAACCUCCCAAUCUGUCCUCUACAUGACCUUUUAGCUCCAGCUUCAGCUGCACCACUCGCAGAUGCUGACCUGUGAACAACUGACUCCAGUUCCUAGUCUACUUGGACCUCCAGCUCCAAACAGGCAGACGGAUGGUGUAGGGAGGGCUGAGGGCGUUUGGAGUCAGAACCCGAAAAUAAAAAAUUCCUGCUG